UACAUACAUACACACACACACACACACAAAUCUCGAUUCGUUCCCCCGCCCCCCCCAUCCAACCCGUCUUGAAACUACCGAUCCACUGGUGUGAACGCCCACGAUUACAUGUUGAGAGUCAACGUCCGGGGCGUCAAAUACUGGCUGGGAAGAUUUUUAAAAAGGAGGAACAACUCGCCCCUUCUAACGAUAAAAUAACAAAAAUAUCCCGUGUGUUCUUCAAACUUGAGAGCUUCAAACGUCUGCGCAUGCGGCCGAAUAGACAGGGGGCCGCAUUUUCUUUCUCAGCCCAACACGGAAAAGGAACAGGAGGAAAGGUCGUCCUGUUUACGCUGCCGUGUACCAUGCAUUCUGGGAAAUAGAGUUCACCCUUCAUUGCAAUUGCAGCAAGCUUAUUGACGUUCGUAGUUUUACGGAGUGUGGGUUUCCUGAGUGAACGAUCCUUUGGAAUGAUUUACUAAAGAAAUAAAAAUGUGAAAAUACUAAAUAGGCCCGAUAUCACUGGGACUCGUGAGAGUUGUUAUGUUCUCUAACUUCGUUCAGGAAAUUAUUAUUUUUUGAAAUGAUCUGACCGAUUGAAGGCGACGCAACCCCGGUAAAGGGAGGAGGUGUGCUUGGAUGGUCAAAGAACAUUUCCUGACAGACUAUGCAACAGGUGGAAUGUGUCCAAGUAAAGCAACGAUAUCGGGAAAAACUAUAAUCAUAACUGGAGCAAACACUGGUAUCGGAAAAGAGACUGCUCGAGAACUGGCCAGCAGAGGUGGCAGAAUUAUAAUGGCAUGUCGAGAUAUGGAGAAAUGUGAAACAGCGGCUCGAGAAAUUCGAGGUGAAACCCUGAAUCAUGAUGUAUAUGCAAAGCAUCUUAACCUUGCAUCACUUAAAUCAAUUCGGGAGUUUGCCAAACAAAUAAAUGAAGAGGAGGAGAAUGUAAAUGUGUUAAUUAACAAUGCUGGUGUUAUGAGAUGUCCUCAUUGGAAAACAGAAGAUGGAUUUGAAAUGCAAUUAGGUGUAAAUCACCUUGGUCAUUUUUUGUUGACAAACUUGCUGCUUGAAAAGUUAAAGAACUCCGGAAAUGGUCGCAUUAUAAAUGUAUCCUCGCUUGCUCACAAAGUGGGACAAGUUGAUUUCAAUGAUCUCAACUGGGAAAAUAAAAAAUAUGACACCAAGGCAGCAUACUGUCAGAGCAAACUUGCGAACAUAUUGUUCACAAGGGAACUGGUGAAAAAACUUCACGGGAGUAAUGUUACAGUCAAUGCUGUGCACCCAGGGGUGGUUAACACAGAACUUGGCAGACACACAGGGAUGCAUAAAUCAAAACUUUCCAGUACAACAUUGGGACCAAUUUUCUGGCUUCUAGUGAAAUCUCCACGUUUAGGAGCACAGCCCUCCAUAUAUCUGGCUGUUGCAGAAGAAUUGGAAGGGGUAUCUGGGAAAUACUUUGAUGUUAAUAAAGAAAAAGACCCUGCUCCGCAAGCUCUGGAUGAUGAAACAGCCAGGCGUUUGUGGGAACCAACUGGAGAUAAAUCUAUUGCUACCAGCAAGAACCAUGAGGAAGUUCAAACAGUAAAACUCUCGUGGCAGUAACUAUGCAGCAAGUCGCCUUGAGGAAGCCCCACCAUGAAAAGAAUCCUGCCAGGGAGUUGUAAGUUAAGCCUCACAACCAGAAACAACAAAAAUAAUUGCUUUAGAGAUACCCAAAGUAGAUAUAGCUUUGUUAACUUGGUCUAAACUAUUUUAAUAUAACAAAUUAUACUGUUAAUUUUGUAUUCAUGCCUGAAAACAAACUAACCUAAGUAUAUUUACUGAAGUUUAAGAAAGACCAAUGAAAUUACUAAAUACAAAGAGCAAAGUAGGGAAGCAAGUGGCGCAGUGAUAAUGUCAAUGAGUGAGUAAUCCACUAAGCAUAGAGUUCAAAUGCAAUCACAGGAAUUCUGGAAUUGAAAAACUAAUCUUGGUAAUUGUAAGUAUAAAAUUGCUUUUGAUUUUCAUAAGAUUCAUUUACUUUUAAGGAAGGAAAUCUGGUCUGCUCAUUGAUGCCGGAUCCACAAUGUGUUUCACUCAACUAUGUCUGGAGGAACCUUAAUCAAGAUGCUUCUAAGUCUGCCCAAAACUUGCAGGUCCUCCAGUGCAAAGAGUUGUUCCUGACUGAGUGUUACAGGCCAGCAUGUUUCCAACGCCAGGUUUAUUUGUUAUGAGGCACACUGAAAAUUGGGACAGCCACUGCAGAGGCACAACAGGGGCACAAUUGCUCCCAAGGACCAUUCAGCCACAGUAAACCUUGGGGCAGAAAACUGCAGAUUGCCCAGGCUGUGUCUAACAUAGAAUAUAUGUUGUAAAUAUAUUGAACCACUUCUACACACGUUGUGUGGAGUACAUUAUAUCUACUGCACUUUCUAUUAAUUCAAAUUUGAAAUGUUUUAUCUCCAAGCUCUAUACCUGACAUGAAAUGUAUUUUGUAAACAUUAAGAUUGCUAAUAUCUUAUCAAGUGAGGCAUAUUGUCUUGGGACAUUAAAUUUUCUUGCAAAUCCUGUAAUAUUCAUGUUGAAUGUU